UUCCUCCAUGUUGUUGAUAAAUAUCCAUAUCAUAGAGUCAUAGACAGUAUGGAAAAAUAACAUCAAAUUGAAGUUCGAUAACAUAUUUUUCGGCAUUGCCGUGCGAAUCUGUGUAGAUAUGAUGCUCAAAAAGGAUAUCUAACCUCUUGAGACGAGGUGAUGUAGUGCGACAGAGACAGCAGGAAGGUGAUCGGAUAUGCUUAAUCGCGCAAAAAAACUCUUAUUUACAUUUUGUUAGGAGAGCAGAGUCUCGCGCCGGGGAUAAAGCCGUGGGCGCUGUGUAUUCGAAGUUGUCGAUAAGGAUAAGAGAAGGAAAGGAAGGACGAGCUCUUGCGACUUUCACAAGUCCACUUUAUCUCCGACGAGAGAUGUCCGACGGCAUGGAGCGAGAGAAAAAUGAGAGGUUAACCGCAAGAGAGAUCGAGGAAGAGGAGAUGAAGCGCGAGCUUACGGGUAUUGGGAUAUAUGAGCCAGGGAUUACCUAUAAACAAAUGAAAAGACUACUCGAAUUUGUCAACGAGUCUCAAGAUACAUCGAACGUUGCUUCCAAUAAGAAAAAUACGCAAGAGGGGACGCAACAUUCUGAUAACGAGUGCCUAUCAGAUGUUACAUCUGACGUGAACAUGCAGCAAGAAGUAACUCUGCAGGAGUGUACGGAGAUACCAAGACCAUCGUACUCGUUCAAACUGACUCGCACGUCCCCGACCAUGCACGAACGUAAGACCGGCCACUAUAUCAACAGUCCGGAAUCUCCGUCCCUUUUCGAAGCACGGAAUCCUGUGUACAGGCGCAAGAGCUCCGACAGCGACGAGCUGUUCGAGAAACAGUACGAUAGCGCCAACCCCACGCACGGUACAAAUCGAUACCUCUCGCUAAGGUCGGGAAAUGUUUCGCUGGAAUGCCAGAACGCGGCGGAGAGAAGAACGGCGCAGGACACGCAAGACGAGAUCGUCCAAAAGCUGGAGAGGUGGCGAUUAGAUCCGCUCGAUGUUCGCAGCAACGAAAACGACGUGCCUUUGCGACAACCAAGUCGACCUUUGACUCGGGAACGCAUACCGUUCGAGCAUUGCAAAGAGGCGCAUACGUCUGACCAGUGCGAUCAAGUAAUACGUUCCGUCGGCCAGCAUUUGAGGGAAAUGGCAGACUUGUGGUGUACUUGGCGCCCCAUUACCAAUUCAAUAUUUCAAUGGGGGUCACCCAUUCAGGUCGGCGCCACUAACGGUAGCGUGGAAAAAAAACCAUUAACAGACCCUAAGACCGAACAGAUCACAGCGGAAUACACGUACCGAGAUGGUCACGAGCGAGCUAGUAAACGUAAAGCAAACACUCUCAUCGCUAAUCUGAAUAAAGACAGUUCCACCGAGGACGAAGACGGCGGUUGGUACGACGUUCGUAUUAAAAAACAGAGAGCUCGAUCGAACGAUAAGUCGAGUAAUGUAGCGUGUGCUACGAAUCAGCACGUGCAUGUGUGUACAACCGAUCAGGAGGAAGCAACGUCGAAUAUGAUCGCGGCUUACUCUUUCGAUGAUAAUAUCGACGCGGAUAUUGACAAUGAGCGCGUUAAACUGAUAUCUAAAAAAAAAUCUGAUGAAAAGGAUGAAAGAGUAUCACCUGAAUUAACCAUGUAUCCUAGAAGGAUAAUACCUCCCACUCCUAAGGCGCGUUUGAGCUUGGCUAGACAAAGACGGGAAGGCACUGUAUCGAAACAGACUCCAAAGACGCGGCGCGCUAAUGAAAAGAAAGUCGUUGAACAGGCAAGGGAUCAGAAGAAGAGCAAUAAAUUGACAGAAGAGGAAAUUUUUCAGCAACUGAAAGAAGAUUGGAAGGAUGAUGAGAAGGAAGAAGUUGCGGUGGAGAAGGACGUAGAAAUUCGGCCGAUGCCAAUACCCAGAGAAAUGCGAUCUAGAUUACGAGAGAAACGACUGCCACUGUCGAAAAGGGCAAAGGAGACACAGGCAAUGACGAAGGAGGAUGGAAGCGAUGAGGAGUUGAACAAGAAAAAGAGACUGAAAGUCUGCGAGCAACGGAAAAAAGAGGAAUUGUAUGGAAUAAAAAAUAGAAACGGAAGUUGGGAACAUUUAUUGUCCGAUGAUGAAGACGAAUCAUCCGAGAUGAAUCAAGAGCACGAUGCACAAAACGGUAGUCAAUUCGACAAUGUACCGACUUCGAUAAAGAAUGUGAGCUGUCCUAUAUGCAAUAAGUGGUUUCCACAUAACGAGAUAGAGGAUCAUGCUGCUGAUUGCGAACAAUUCGAAACAAAUAACGAAGAGGAUAAUAAAGACAUAAAUCAAUUGGAAUGUAAUAUCUGUAAUAAUUACAAGACGAACAAUGGAGUUGAGUAUGAGGAACAUGUUCAUCAGUGUAUAAGUAAUAGGAAUGAUUCAAGGCGCUUACAUGGAUCUGAAGAUACCGUUACUACCUCUACCUCAUCCUUUCGCAAUUUUAUACCGAUCAGUGAACAGAAAGAUUCCGAGAUAGAUUACUUGGGUCAGUUUCCAUCUAAUCUCCAUGUAACAAAGAAAAAUGUACAUACUGGUAGAAAAAUGAAACGUUGAUUGGUCUCG